AUGUGGGUAGCUGUCGCACAGAUGACUAGUGGGGCGGUCAUUCGCGACAACCUCGCUGUCGUACAGCAACUGAUCAGUCGCGCCGCCCAAUCUGGUGCUAGGGCCAUUUUUCUUCCGGAGGCGACGGACUUCAUUGCACCGCCCGCGCAGGUCGCCGAGCUGACUCGCUCGCCGGACAAUGCUGCGUUUGUGGAGCAGGCACUUGGAUCACCGGAUGUCAUACUCGAGGCCAUUACUCUAGCGUUUGGUAACACAACACUGGACUAUGCCCACGGCAAUAUCAAGCGGCUUGCGCAUGCUCUUAACGUUGCCAAGCAAGAGGGCUCUAUAAAAAAUCCCACUUUAUUGGAGCGCAUCGAGAAUGGCAUUAACGGAAAGCCCGUCCCUGUUGGUCUUGGCGCCGAAAAGCCACUGGGUGGCCGUCUCUUUACAGCCUCGUACUUCCACGGUCGCGAUGGCAUGUCGGGUGUAUCGUUCCUUGAGGGGAACCCGUAUCCUGAGGCCACAGAAUCCAAGCUUCUCAGCACGACACCGUCGGAUCUGUCAGCUUCCGACCUGAUUUUGGAUGUACUUAAGCGCCAUGAGCCCAACACUGUGCGCAUCGCCGCCGUGGCUCCGCUUACGAAUGUGGCCCUAGCAUACCAGAAGGACCCAGAGACGUUUCGACGAGUCCACUCCAUCAGCGUGAUGGGCGGGGCGCUGGAUGUGCCCGGCAAUACCACUCCCUGUGCCGAGUUCAACUUCUUCGCUGACCCUUGGGCUGCGAAGUUGCUGAUUGAGCAGGCUCAGCGUGAUGGGCCACCAUUGCCCAUUCAUCUCCUGCCUCUGGAUGUGACAACCAUACACACAGUGCCAUACUCAAAGCUCGUGCUGCCCGAGGACCACACCCUCUACAAGAACAGCUACCUAGUGCGCCUUAUCUCACUGUUUUUGCACAAACCUCGCUCUGUGACCAACUCGUUCGCACCGAAGGGUGUGCCAUUCGAUGCUGAAAAGUAUGAUCUAUUUGAGUGCCACGAUCCGCUGGCUGUGGCACAUGCGAUGUAUCAUGGCAUACACCCAGGAUGGGACAGCGCACAACGCCCUUUCCUCGUCGAAUCGGAGGGCGAGCUUACUCGAGGUUUCUGCGUCGUGGAUCGCCGUGGCCAUGGCGAUCUUUAUGCAGGCCGCAGUAAGGCCGAUGUUGAGAGCGAGCGUGGUCCUCAGAAUGAGCAUGGCGUACUGGAUGAUACUGAGGUGCGACCUGUCAAGAUUGCGAAGGUCGACCGUAACGCGUCUCCAGUGCCCAAUGUGUUUACUGUCACGAAAACGCCUGGGUCACACUGGUUCGAGGACAUGCUGCUGGGUUGCAUUGACAUGAAGCAGUAG